ACUACACUAGUCUUAGUAAUUUUUUUGUUUAAUGCUAUUCACGUAGCAUUUUUCAAUAUAUAAUAAUGCGAGUCCAAAAUACUGAAUUACAUGGGUUCCCCAACCAGCCCAAAAAGGAAAAGCAGUACAGAGCCCAACACCAAGCCCAACAUAAUGGGCCAAUAGACCGGCCCAUAACCAAAAUUAUAACACGAAAUCACAAACGUAAGUAGAGGUAAAAAAAAAACAAAAACAAAAAACAAAAAACGAAAAACGAGAAUAAAAACAUCCUCGACAUGUCGGGGAGGAUCUCUGCGUGCGUCCGCAUACUUAAUACCCCGCUCCUACCAUUUCCUCGCUCUGCGGACUCCGCAGGUGCCUUUAUGUUUCCUUCGUCUUAAAAACUGCUUCUCCUCCGACAUUGACCGUUGAGAGAGAGAGAGAGAGAGAGAGAGAGAGAGAGCUCCCAUGGCGGAGCCGCCAAAGUGGAGCGCGCCCGACGCCGUAUCCCGGCGCCUCCUAGGGUUUCUCGACGAGCACUUCAAGUCCCAUGGCGAUCUCCACAAGGCCCCCUCCCUCGCCGCCCAGCUGAGCCGCGAGUGCGCCGAUCGCGAGCGCGGCCUCCGCCUCCUCGAGGAGAAGCUCUCGCGCGCGUCCUCGGCGUGGCUCGCGCGCUCCAACGAGGUCCGCGCCAUCCUCCGCCGCGUCGGUCACCUCGCCGAGGGCUCCUUCCCGCGCCGUUCUCGGGGUGCGGAUGUUGGAGAGGGGGAUGUGGAGCUGGGGCAACUGCCAUUGCUGGCGAAGGAGAUUGGUAGAAUCGAAACUGUUCGUUUAUAUGCUGAAACUACAUUACAGUUGGAGGCUUUAGUUGGCGACCUUGAAGAUGCGGCAUUUGCCGUUGUGAGCCAGACGCCAAAAACUAACACGUCGUUAAGUCUUCGACGUGCUUCAAAUCUUAAUGACAUCAUGUGGAAGCAAGAAAAGCUGCUUCUUGCUAUUAAAAUCAUGAAGGAUAUUGAACAUGUGUUGGUAAGAGUUAGUAAAAGUAGGCCCCGUUGGGCUAAUCUCGUCAAAGCUGUUGAUUCUAGAGUGGAAAAAACUUUGGCCAUUUUGAGGCCUCAGGCACUGAAUGAUCACCGUGCUCUACUUGCAGCACUCGGAUGGCCGCCACCCCUAUUGACAUCAGACAUUGAAGGAGAUAGGAGCUCAGAGAUGCUGAACCCCCUCUUUCUUAUGCAUGGCGAGAAGAAAGAGAUGUACUCUCAAAACUUUCUAGCAUUAUGUGCUUUGCAACAUUUGCAGGCCCAGCGUGAAGCACGGCAUUACAUGGAUUUCACCAAACAAUCCUGCUAUCGAGAUGACCUUUGGGCCAUUGAUGAGUUGGUUCACCCUGUUUCGCUAAAGAUGGAGUAUCAUUUUUCUAAAUGGUCCGAUCAACCUAAGUUCGUUUUUGCUCUUGUUUACAAGGUAACCAAGGACUUUAUGGAUGGAGUUGACAGCGUGCUGCAGCCUUUGAUUGAUCAAGCAAGAUUAGUGGGGUUGAGUGCCAAAGAAGCUUGGGUAACUGCUAUGGUCAAAAUUCUAUUGGCAUACCUAGAAAGACGAGUUUUUCCUGUUCUUGUAAGCACCUACCAUAAUAGUGAUGAAAAUCUGGAGGUAUCUUCUUCCUGGCUCGACUUACUUGAUUUGAUAAUCACUUUUGAUAAGAGGAUGCAAGUUCUUUCUUCCUCAGGAAUUAAACUGACGGGGCCAUUUUUAGAGCUCGAGGGCUUCUCGAGAUCAUUAUCGAUAUUGUCAGUAUUCAAUGAGCAUUCUGAUUGGCUUCAGAUAUGGGCUGAGAUAGAACUAAAAAUUGCUAAUGACAAUCUAGAACCUGAAUUGGAGGAUGAGAGGAGUUGGUUAUGUAGAAUUGGAAAGCAAUCUGAAUUUGGCUAUAAGGAAGAAGUAGAUAUUUUCCUUCUCUCUACAAGAGAAGACUAUAAAGCUCCGCCAAUUGCAGAUUCUGUUAUUAAAGUUGCACUGGCAAUGAUCGAAAGAGGCCAAACUUUGCCAAGCAAGAGAAUGAGAAGUCAAUUUGCUAGGUCUUCUGCAACCAUUUUCUUGAACAAUUUCUUUGUCAUCUUACUCCAACGUUGCCGAGAUUUGGAACUCAUGACUGCUGCUAUACAGGAUGAAGCUUUGCUAAGAGUUGCUUGUACGGUUAAUGCUUCUCGAUACUGUGAAUCUGUUAUUCGGGAGUGGGACGAAGAAGUCACCUUCCUAGAGAUGACCGGCGAUGGAAAUAAUAAUCAGCAACAUCCGCGGUUAUUUUUUGCCGAUGAAAUUGGGUAUCUUAUUAAAUUAGAGACUGAUUGUCUCGAGGAGAUCAUGUCUGUCCUUUUACUAGAAUUUGAUGCUCAGUGCUGGGAUUACAUUCGAAACAUCGAUCAGUGGGAAAAAGAACUGAGUGAGCCAAAAGUUCCGGUCAUGGACGAAUAUAACCUAGGCAUAUCUCCUGGGUUUGUUCAAGCACUAGAUAUGCUUAGGGACCAUAUCGAAAAAUUGAAGUUGUACCUUAACUCCAAAGAUUUUCUUGAUCUAUGGAGAAGCAUCGCUGAGGGGCUCGACUACUUUGUCUUUAGCAGUAUACCAUGGAGUGAUGUUAAGUUCUCUAGGUCAGGAGUUUAUCAAUUUAAAGCCGAUAUGAGAGCGCUUUUUCAUGUUUUCAGGCCCUUAUGUGUUAGACCCGAAGCCUUUUUUCCACUCAUAAGUAACUCCUUAAAGCUCUUAACCAUAACUCCGAAAGAUGUGGACUACUUCCUUAGAGUACUGGUAACUGAUGAGAGAAGGAAGAAAGAAUGGUUGCUACAACAGGAAUUGCACCAUCUAACUAUUAAUCAAGCUGAAAGUAUUUUGAGGAAUAGGAAAUUCGGAGAGUGAGCAGGAAAAAGAGGGAUUUCUGGUUUUUAGAAUUUAUUACCUACUACUGUUCUUCCUUGUUGAAUCAUCAUGCAUGCUCUUACAAACGGUGAGAAAGUUGAUGUUUCUCAGUUCGAGCAAUGAGAAUGGCAAAUGCCUUAAUUUGCGCACAAUGAUGCUGAAGAAUCCAGCUUGACAAGAAGUUGAGAAUUUCUGGAAUGAGCACUAAAGAUAACAGCUUCAAGAAAGCAGGGGGUGAAGUAGGGCUUGUAAACCUUAAACUCUUUACAUAUCGAUCGGAACGACAGAAGUCUAGCUUUCCUACUCUUGUGCUUUUUUGGCCCCUCUCUGUCCAACUCUUAGCUUUGCCCUUGAAGGUUUGCAAACGGAAUUUCUCCACCAUUUUCAUCUCUUAGAUGAAUCAGAAGUCAUGUUGCAAGUUAAAGUGAUUCUCUGGUUUUAGCCUUUAAAGGAUUUCUUCAAAGCCAUGGAAUCAUGUUCUUUCCUUUCGAUUCUCACUGAAGCUGCUGAGUUUUUAUUGACUGCUCUGUAUUAUACUUCUCUCAACAUAAAGAUCAGCAAUAGUUAGUAGGAUUUUUAAAUUACGGACACAAUGUCAAUGUUGUAAUCACCUCAUUGAGCUCUGAUAUUUGUAUUUUCUACCUAGCAAAAGAUUAAAGAAAUAGCUAUUUUCGUCAGUGCUUUGCAUGUA